UGGACCGGAUGUUGUGAGCCAUUACUGUUUUCCUCGGGCCAAGGAAAAGUGGAACAUCAGCUCAACACAAUCUCGGACCAGAGCCAUCGCUGCGCACUUUGAGUCCAGCGGUUUGUGCCGUUACGUUAGAAACAUGAAGCAAAACUCCAACGUCCCGGCAUUCCUCACCAAGCUGUGGACGCUGGUCGAGGACGCGGACACCAAUGAAUUCAUCUGCUGGAGUCAGGAGGGCAACAGCUUCCUAGUGUUGGAUGAGCAGCGCUUUGCCAAGGAGAUUCUCCCCAAGUUCUUCAAGCACAACAACAUGGCCAGUUUCAUCAGGCAGCUCAACAUGUACGGAUUCCGUAAAGUAAUGCACAUCGACACAGGCAUCGUAAAACAGGAGCGGGAUGGUCCAGUGGAGUUUCAGCACCCUUACUUCAAACAUGGACAGGACAACUUGUUGGAGAACAUCAAGAGGAAGGUUUCUAAUGCUCGGCCGGACGAGAGCAAGAUGCGACAGGAGGACCUGACCAAGAUCUUGGCGAGUGUCCACAGUGUUCACAGUAAACAGGAGAACAUCGAUGCCAGGUUGGCAACACUCAAGAGGGAGAAUGAGUCUCUGUGGAGGGAGAUCUCAGACCUGAGGCAGAAACAUGCUCACCAGCAACAGCUCAUCAAAAAGCUGAUUCAUUUCAUUGUGACAUUGGUGCAGAACAACCACAUCCUGAAUUUAAAACGCAAGAGGCCCAUUCUGAUGAACAGCACUGGAAAGAAGCCCAAGUACAAACAUCAGAUCUAUGAUGACAAAGUGUGUGUGGAACAGACGUCUGUCAACAGUCUGAAUGGUGUGAAGAGCUCUGAGAUGUCGGAUGACGUCAUCGUCUGUGACAUGACUGAGAAUGAAGCCGAGGUGACAGCGGAGAUCACAGACGACUCACCCAGAGCCUAUGACCCGGGGGAUGUAGAAAUUGUGGAGUUGGAGCUGCCGGCGGAGACUGAGGUGAGCACCACCUGCACAGACAACAUCAAACAGAAGGAGGCGGGGCUUUCAGCAGCAGCCGCAGCAGAUGAUGACAGCCUGAGGAGCAGCACUGCAGACAGCAGUGGAGCAACAAGCAGUGCUCUGCGGCUCAAUAAACCCUCAGCUCUGAGUGUGGAGGACCCCGUCACGAUGAUGGACUCCAUCCUGAAAGAGAACGGAGCAAUAUCACAGAACAUCAACCUACUGGGCAAGGUGGAGCUGAUGGACUAUCUGGACAGCAUUGACUGCAGUCUGGAGGAUUUCCAGGCCAUGUUGUAUGGAAAACAGUUCAAUGUUGAUUUUGACGUCAUAGAGGAGAGUUUGUCCUCUAAAGAGAACACGGCACAGCUAAGCAGGACAGAUAAGGACAAUACAGAUAAACAGUUGAUCCAGUACAUCUCCUGCCCCCUGCUGGCCUUCCUUGAUGGCUGCACUCCUCCUCCAGAGCUGGACCUGGGCAGCGGCAGCAGCAGCAGCACAGGCUUCUCCAACUCACACCUCCAACCCUCGUCCAGCUCCAGUGCUUCAGUGGAGGCUGAUCCAUUGUCAGAUCUACUGGACACCAGCCUGGAGCCAAAGCAGCCUUCCAGCAGCUCUCUGAUCCGCCUGGAGCCUCUGACAGAGGCCGAGGCCAGCGAGGAGACGCUCUUCUACCUGUGUGAACUGAGUCCUGCAGGACUGGAGACAAACUCCACCCAGCUGGACAGAGUGUGAGACAGUGAGACCGUCAGUGACUGCCCCUCCAUCUUCCACAUAUUCCUGACGUGCAACAGUGUCGUCAUUUGUUCAGCUCUUGAAGUGCAGGACUGCAGUUUGUUCACAUUGAGUUAGACAUUCUCAUGAAAUCCAGUGACAUCAGUAAAACAACGUCUGACAGGUGAAUGACCCCGUGUGUGCUGCGUGUCCCAUCAUAUUCAUCAUAUUCAUCAUAUUCAUGUUAACUGUGAUUCCAGCGUCUUUUCACAUGUUUGUGGUUUCCAGUGAAAAUAGACAGAAAAGAUCUGUUGAUUCUGAUAUUGCCGGCAUGAUUAUAUGGUCUCUAUUUCAAAGCUGCUUUACUCUUUUCACAUUCUCACUCAUUUUCAUUGUUACGGCCCUGGCCAAGGGAAACCAGGGGUAACGUGUGUGUGUGUGUGUGUGUGUGUGUGUGUUUUAAAUGUGUAGCAGUUUUAUUAAAGUUCCGAGAGUAUCAAUGCCAAAAAAUAACAAACCAAAUCUUCUCUUUACAAACUUAAUCUUACCUGCAAAAAAGAAAACAAAAAAAUGACACAAAAACUGAUCUCCUAACUCAAAACAGGAGGCAGAUGAAACAAAAAUGGCCUCACUCUCCUGUUACUGCUACUUUUUAACUCUCAAACAACAUUACGAUGAUUAUUCAUCUUAAAUAAACAAGAAAGACUGGUGUAUAAAUGUAAUACAGAAUUUUGUAUUUUUGGGCUUUUUCCAUCACUAUAGUUAGUACCUCCUUAUACGCAACAUAAAUACACACGUCUGCUGCACAUAGAUGUGGUGUAUGAAUGGAUGAAUGGCAAAACUAAUGUAAAGCAGCUUUAUGUUUUCAUCACGACUGGGACAUUGCUCUAUAAAUACAAACCAUUUGAGAAUCAGCAGAAACCGAGGGUUCAGUGUGUGUGUGUGUGUGUGUGUGUGAGGAAGGAUUCACCGUUUCUUCUCCAUCAUCAGUGAGUCGUCAGCUGAAACUUGUAUAUAAUGUUUCUUUGAAAAUGGAUUUAUUCUCAUCCUUCUUUUGUGUAUUUGUUUGUGUCAAAACAACAUUCCUUCACAUGCUGUUGUGUUUCACAAUCGAUCAUUUCAAAAACGUUAAAUCACUGAUGUUCCAAAAACUGGAGAGUGUGGCUAGUUUAGCUGCUAUUGCUAAAGGUCAUAGGACAAUAUGGAAGUUUCGUAAAUAACUGUAAAAUAUUCUUUAAACUCCUCGGUUUACAUUCUAGUCAGAAACGAAUCCAUUUAUUUGUAUCACAAAAACAUAUUUUAGUGAACAACAAUCUAUAACAAGAGGUCCUGGAAUGACAUGAACGCAGACUCCCCCUUGUGGCACUUGAGAGUAAAUCAUUGACUGUAUGAUAAUGAAAAUGCACCAUGAUCAACUCAUAGCCUUUAGCUUUAAUCACUUGACAGUGCUGAUGUUUGAUGAAAUCCCAGUGGUUUCUUCCCGUGCUCCUGAUCAACUCUUCUGAUUGAACAAAGCUCCUGCAGGUGACCAACUGUCCAGCUGCAAAGGAAAUCACCUCGUAACUGUCCCUUCAUUGACAUGUUUACCUGGAAAUAACUGAGGAGGACAUUUGUUGACAAAGCACCUGUGAGUGGACAUGCAUGGCAGCACCUGUUGUCCCACUGCUGAGGAAUGAAAAAGAACGUCCAACAACUGAACUCUCCCUGAAAGUUCCCUGAAAGUUCCCUGAAAGUUCCCUCCCCUCCUCCAGGCUCAUGCUCGUGAGUGUCUUCAUGUUCAUGUAAAAGUGCCUGCCUCCAUGUCUUCUUCUGACAGAGCCACACUUUUCAUUGGCUGCUGUGUGGUCACAUGACUUCUCUGUCUGUCAUUGGGAGCCGAGCAGUUACAAUAAAGUAACACUUUAUUUGUUGUUCA